GCACAUUAUCAUGAUAGAGUCUGCAGAGGCUGCAGGUCCUGGAGUCAAGCAAGAGAGGUCUGAAGGAGAGGAGGACCUACGGCACAGCAGAGCCAUUCAGACUGGAGCAGCUGACGCGCCCCCUGUAGCCAUGGAGGACCCCACCACCCCCUCAGUGCAGCCCAGGACCCGACGCAGAAUCACGGAGGAGGAGGAGGAGGGUCCAGAGGUGCUGCUGGUGAAGGAGGAGGGGUGUGAGGAAGGUCUGGGGAACCCUGAGGGGACUAUAAUCAUGGAGGACAAGCAGACUACACCUCCUGAACCCACAGAGGAACCAGCUGAGCAGCACAGGACCACACACAGUCUCACUGAGUCAGUAAACAUGGAGGAUGGGAAGCCUGAUCUGCUGCUGGUCAAAGAGGAGACAAUAGAAGAUGGACCAGAGAGCAUUGACCUGCUGAGUGGAUUAAAAAUGGGGGAGCAAGGUGCUUGGCUGGAGGCUAACAGAGCAGACUGGGUGGCCAUCUUGGAUUCCCAGACCCAGACGGGUGCCGCUAAGAGCCCAGGGGACAACAUCACUGAGCAGGCCAGGACCAGAGGGGACAGCAUCAACUUUGGGCUGGGGAACAACAUUGUUAACCACAACCAGAAACAGACAGUCGAACACAAAACAACAACCGAACUUAGUCUCCAUGACAACAGACUGGCUGAGACCAGGGCGAGGCGUAGACUAGGUCUGCGGGGACAGGGACGUGUCCAUAUUCGGCUGGAGAGAACAGACACAGACUCGGCUAGCGAUGCUCCGUCCUGCUCCUAUAGAUGUGAUUCAGAGAGACUGAUGGCGCCUCUAACAGGUGCUGCCUUCAGCCUACCUUCUAUAGGAUCUAUCAACUGGAAUAUGGACCCUGUGACAACACAGACACUCCCUGGCCUUCAUCCUCCUCACACUCUCCUAAUGUUAAAACAGACCUCAGACAAUGCCAGUGCCUCAAUGCUAAAUGGCUACACAAGCCCAUUGACAAAUGACAGUAGUAGUAAUGCUAUCAGCAGAUCUGGUGGCAAAGAGAAGCGCUUCCCAUGUUCAUUCUGUGGGAAAGCCUUCAGUUUCCCCAAACAGGUGAAGAUCCACCAGAGGAUGCAUACGGGUGAGAAACCCUUUGUCUGCCCCCUAUGCCGGGCCAGUUUCUCCCACCCGUCCAACCUGAAGAGGCACCAGAGGGUCCACACAGGGGUGAAACCCUUCAGCUGUACCCAGUGUCACAUGCGCUUCACCCAGGCUGGCCACCUGAAGAGGCACCAGAGGGUCCACACAGGGGAGAAACCCUACAGCUGCCCCCAGUGUGAGAAGAGGUUCUCCCACCAGCACCAUCUGAAGAUGCACCUGAAGAUCCACACAGGAGAGAGGCCGUUCGCCUGUACGCUACCUCAGGAUACAUCAGCAGAAAAUGCACACAGCCUUGAGAUGGCUGAAGGAGAAGAGGACCCACGGCACAGCAGAGACAUCCAGACUGCAGUGGCUGGAGCGCCCCCUGUAGCCACGGAGGACCCCACCACUGCCCCAGCGCAGCCCAGCAGCAUCACAGAGGUCAGUGGAACGCCGGACACCAUCUUCAAGACAGAGACAUACCCCAAGACUUCAACGGGGCUGGGGCGACUGGGCUGUCCUCCUGCUCCCCACUCAGAGUAUUUACUUUAUGGUAGCCAUAGCCCGACGACGGUUCUGUCCCGUCAGGACCCAAGUGACUCGUUACAGACUGUCAAUGAUCCGUCCUGUUCAUACGCUACAGAGACACAGAUGAUACCUGGUGACAUGCCUGUGGGCUUAGAUACACAGACUAAUCCAAUGAGAGGGAACUGGAACCAGUACAGUAGUAGUGUAUAUUCUGAAAAGUGCCUGGAUGAGAAAAGGGAUGGUCUGGCCUUAGAUGAUGUGACUGUGAAAGUGGAGGAUGACGCUCUGAAAUGGAAUGAAGACGAGACUCAUUUAGGAGAAGGACACUCGCAGGGCAACAGCAGUGACUUCUUAGACUACAGGGAAAGCUUGGAGACAAAUCUAAAUGUUGGGACCCACUCCCCUUUACACGCGUUCAGGGAUCACAACCCAGUGUCCAUGUCAAUGGGGCCUUCCGAUUCACACAGCCAUGUCCUUUUCGAUCAGUCAGUAGACAUGGAGGAUCGGAAGCCUGAUCUGCAGCUGGUCAAAGAGGAGACACUUCCUGCAGGUGGUUGGCUGGAGGCUAACAGUGGAGACUGGGCGGCCAUCUUGGAUUCCCAGACUGGUGCAGCCAAGGGCCCGGGGGAUGACAUCACUGAGCUGGCCAGGACCAGAGGCGACAUAGUGGAGGUCAGUGGAUGGGACAGCAUCUUCAACUCUGGGCUGGGGAACAACACUGUUAACCACAACCAGAAACAGACAGUCGAACACAAAACAACAACCGAUCAUAGUCUCCAUGACAACAGACUGGCUGAGACCAGGGUGAGGAGUAGAAUUGGUCUGCGGGGACAGGGAGAUGUCCGUAUGAGGCGGGAGAGAACAGACACAGACUCGGCUAGCGAUGCUCCAUCCUGCUCCUAUAGUUGUGAUUCAGAGAGACUGAUGGCGCCUCAGGUUAACCCCCUAACAGGUGCUGCCUUCAGCCUGCCUUCUAUAGGAUCUAUCAACUGGAACAUGGACCCUGAGACAACACAGACGCUCCCUGGCCUUCGUCCUCCUCACACUCUCCUUAUGUUAAACCAGACCUCAGACAAUGCCAGUGCCUCAACACUAAAUGGCUUCACAAGCUCAUUGACAAAUGACAGUAGUAGAGACACUAUCAGCAGAUCCGGUGGCAAAGAGAAGCUCUUCCCUAGUUCGUUCUGUGGGAAAGCCUUCAGUUUCCCCAAACAGGUGGAGAUCCACCAGAGGAUGCACACGGGGGAGAAACCGUUCGGCUGCCACCUGUGCCGGGCCAGUUCCUCCCACUCAUCCUGCCUGAAGAGGCACCAGAAGGUCCACACAGGUGAGAAACUCUACAGCUGCCCCCAUUGUGAGAAGAGGUUCUCCCACCAGCACCAGCUGAAGAGGCACCUGAAGGUCCACACAGGAGAGAGGCCAUUCGCCUGUACGCACUGCGGGAAGAGGUUCUCAGAGAGGAGUAAUGUGGAGAUCCACCAGAGGGUCCACACCGGAGUGAAACCCUACAGCUGUACGCAGUGUCACAUGCGCUUCGCCCAGGCUGGCAACCUGAAGAGGCACCAGAGGGUCCACACAGGGGUGAAACCCUUCAGCUGUACACAGUGUCACAUGCGCUUCGCCGAGGCUGGUGACCUGAAGAGGCAUCAGAGCGUCCACACAGGGGAGAAACCCUACAGCUGCCCCCAGUGUGAGAAGAGGUUCUCUCGCCAGCACCAGCUGAAGAUGCACCUGAAGGUCCACACGGGAGAAACGCUGUUUGCCUGUAUGCACUGCGGGAAGAGGUUCUCAGAGAGGAGCUACCUCAGAAUACACCAGCAGAAAAAUCAUUCCAAUCUAUAACAUCGAAAGAAACCAUUUAAUGCGAUAGCUUCUGACAUUUAGAUCAAGCCCUGCAUUAAAGGCAAAUUGAUACAUUGUCAUUGUUAUCAGCAGAAAAGAUCCACAGGUGCAUUUGGAAGAACGAGUAACAGAUUUCAGUGUUGAAUAUUCCUGGGUAGAAUUUUGCAUCCAGGCAUUGUGUGUUAUAUAAGCCUAAAGUCUGUUACAUAUUAUGUUUGUACUGUGUAGGAUAUAUGUUUACAAAUGCCUGGAUUACUUCCAUUCACCUACUGAAUUUUUUCCCAAGACACUUUUAAUGAUAAAAUAAAUGCAGUUCAACAAGUUAAUGCUGAUAUUUAGUUGGGGCAUGUGUAUAUGUGGUUUUCAUAUGGUGUAUUUAAAACGUGUUUAUGUUUAAUAAACACAAAAUGGGACUUUUA